AUGAGGAGUAGACCCAUCAGGUGUAUCGGACGCCGGUGCCACAGUCUACCUGUGGUUCUCCUGUUAGUACUGUGCGUAUUAGUGGCUACUCGUCUAUGGUUAGCUGAUGUGAUUGAAUCAGUUCUGAGACCACAACUGCCGGACCACGAUCUGUCGUAUUUGAGGAGGAGCAGGGAUCUAAAAUAUUAUUUGCAGAAUAUACAGUUGCUAAUAGAGCCAUCGUCUACCCGCUGCGAGGGUGUGGAGGAGGUGCCUCUACUGGUACUAGUCGCUAGUUCACCCUCCCAUUUGAACAGACGGGGCGCCAUCAGGAACUCCUGGGCUAAACACUUUCCCACUCUCUUUUUCCUAGGAGUCGAUGGCUUAGACCGUGAUCAAGCAUUGGUAGAUAGCUACAUAGAAGCCAAAGAAUCGGGAGAUAUGGUUGUAUUCGAUUUCUUAGAACACUACGACAAUCUGACCCUAAAAACCGCUCUCAUGCUGCACUGGAGCCAAAAACGAUGUACUACCGCUAGUGCCGUGCUGAAGACUGAUGAUGAUGUAUUUGUGAACCCUUGGGUGAUGAAGGAAGUUCUAAAGGCACAUCAAAAUAGUCAGUUGAUUGGAUAUAUGUUGCAAGAUUCUAAAGUUCAUCGUGAUGAGUACAGCAAAUGGUAUCUACCUCAGUGGCUGUUUUCUGAAGACUAUAUCCGUGAAUUUCUCACAGGUCCCGGUUACGUUAUUCAAGAGUUUUAUUUCAAUAAAGUGUUCCCAAAAACACCCGAAGAGCUCACAUCUGAAGGUUUGGAUUGUUAUCCCGGCCGUACUGUCAUCAAAAUAAUUGAAAAAGAACCGGAACUUGAAAAAGGUGACUCUGAAGAAGAUGAAGAUCGUCGUGCUUAUUCACGAAGAUCUCACAUGAAUUCUAGACUUAAAGAAGAAUACUGUAAGGUCUGUGUCUGUUCCGACGAUGGGAAAGCUGAAUACUGCAGUGGUAGACCUGCUGUAAACGUCAAUGAGUGCUUGAGGAUGACGCUCAUUUUGAAAGAGUUCAAUGAAAGUGUUCCAUAUGAUCAUACAAGAGGUUUGCCCUUUAGAAUCCGAAGAGAUUACAUUUGGCACAACGAUGAGAUCCCGUAUGAACCGAAAGCAAAGUGCAGGAGAGGUCACUCGUUCUACACGAAUAAUCAGAACGCGAACGACACUGACAUAGACAUAUCCUCCGACAUAGAAUCUCUUCUCGACUACACCAAUAGGAACAUCUGCCUGUACUGCGUAUGCGCCGUCCACGGCCAUGGUGUAGACUGCAUUGACAGGGAUCGUUGGUUCUGUGAUUACCAAAGAUACAUGCGCGAAAGGGACACUACGAGAGAUAUGUACACUCGCUUAUUCCAACAAGACAGGCCAACAUACUUUAGAGAAUUUCCUUGGCGUCUGAGAAGAACGAUGGAUGACGGCAUUUACAAUUUUGUCGAAACCGAAAACCUAUGCGCAGGCUGCAACAACUGCUUUUGUGCUGGAAGUGGAGAGUGGGUAUGUAAUAAAGUGCAACAAUGUCCAGGAGAAGAAACUCUGUACAGUGUAGACGAAGAGAGUCUUGAAGAUGCUUUGAAUAAAAUAGAGGAAGAUGAAGAAGAUUUCAGGACUGAAACGAAUUUAGAGACAGAAUUAACAAAAAUACUUGGACGAAAAAAGAGAUCAGUCGAAAAUGAACACAAUAAUACUAUCAGAUUCUAUCAUGCAGUUGAUGAAUUGAAUGAAGAUAUUUUAAAAAAUGACAAUAGAUCUGGUACCAUUGAAGCCAGAAAAGUCGCUAAUUUACCGAAAGCAUCACGGCGAGUUGGUAUAUCAAAUAAUGAAUCAUUACUCAUUGAAUUUAGUGAACCAAAGGUUUAUGAUCGAAAUAUUGUUGACAACAAAAUAGAUAAUUCCGUUCACAGUGAAGAUAAAUAUACCAAACUGGAGAGGGAAAAAAUAAAUGGUUUAAUUGGAAAUCAUUCAUUAAAACAAAGAGACAAAGAGCUAUCUAAGUUGAUAGUGAAUGAACUCAAAGAAGGGUCUGAAUUAAUAGGCGACAAAAAUGCACCUGUCAUGUCAAAUGUCACAUUUACGCCAGAAAAUGAUACUUUGACAGCGAUGGCAUUCAUCGCUGGUAAUUUAUUAAAUCAACUAUGGGAUAUAGAAAAAGACUCGAACGAAGAAUCAAAAGAUAUUGAAAAUUUAAAACAUGAAAAAAUUGCUGAUUUGCUUGAGCUAUUUAAAGAACCAUUAAACAUAAGACAAGAAACUUUUUUGAAAAGUGCUCUAGAACAUCUCUCUGCAGCUAUUGACAAAGAAAAAGUUUUGAAAGAUGUUACUUUAUGCGAAAAAAUCAACGAAGCAAAACAGCUUAUAGAAGACAAAGAUGAUUCAAAUCUUAGAAAUAAUAAAACGAAAAAAAGUCAUCAAGAAAAAAAUCAAGAGGUAAAGAAGAUAAAAGAUACAGAAAAUGACGCCACUUAUCAAGCAAUAACAAAAGUAGGUGAUGUGUUACACUUGAUAGAAAAGUUUCAAGAAGUACAUAAGACAUUAAAUGAUUUAGUAAGGUCAGAAAAACAUGACAGUCAAUUAAUUUCAGAAGUUCCCAGACGAAAGGCAGAGUCAAAAGUGGAACUAAGCAGUGAUGAAACUGUUUCUUUAAAUGUUUUUGGAAACAUUUUGGAAAAGAUAACUAAACUCCUGAUGCCUCAUAAGAAAACCAAAAAAAUUGUUAAAGCUGUAAAAAGUCACAAUCUCUUUACAAAAUCGAGUGAUGUCACUCAGACUUUAAAAGAGAAAUAUGGGAUUGAUAUUGGUAAUUCAACAUUAACGGCUAAAGAUAAAAUAAUCUUAGAUUAUCUGAAUACUGUCAAGCAAAAGCCAAACUGCAUAUUUCAAAAUCCUCACGACGUUACAAAAUCCUUUUCUAAUGUGGAAGGUGAUAUUUUGUUUAAUUUAUCUGAAUUUUUCAAAAUCAAAUCUUUUGUAGAUUUACUGAAUUUAUUGGAGAUUGAAAAGAAAACCGUACGUAUUAAUUAUGAUGCUGCGAAACCAGAAGUUACGACAGUGUUGACAAAAGUUCCCGAAGUAACUUCAACUACACCACACUCCACUAGGUUUGCAAAAACAAAAGAACGACUUAAAGAUCAUAUCAAAUCAAUUAUUGAUGACUUACGAGAACUACAGUUGGUUAAAGGAUUUCCAACAAAUAACAUAACUAUAGCGGAUGCAUUACCCUGUAUUUAUAAUAUAUUGAAUGCUGAUAAUGAAACGCAGGUUAAGUACACAAAAAACGAUUAUUUAUCACCUGUAGAAAAAGUUUCAGUAAUUUUUAGCUCUCUUAAAAAAGACCUGUUAGCUGUACCGACAAGAAGAGCUAACAAUAUAGUUACACAAACUAGACCAAAAUCAGCCAUUGUAUGGGAAAGAAUUGUAAAGAACUAUGAUGGUAAACAUAAAAAAAAUACUCGUCGUGUAAUAGACAAUAAAAAACCUAAAUCCUUUAACGACUUGAUGAAAAUGAUAAAACCGCUGGAACAGAUUUCAAAUUCUUAUAAAAGCAGAAUCCUUAUUAAAGGAGCUGAGCCUUCUAAACAACAAGUUUUGUUAAAGACCCUUAAUGAAGAAGUUAGAAAAUAUAUUGAGGUUUUAGAAAACAUUCAGUAUGCCCUUCCCAGCUUAAAAACUUUGUCAGUGGGUAAACAAAAUGAAUUGAAAGAAUUUGUGUACAAUGCAGGUCUACAUAUUAAUUUAAAUAAUAGAGUCGUUAAGAGUUUAAAUAAGUUUGGUGUAAAUAAAAACAUCAAAGGAGAUGUAGAGAUAAUUAAUCCUAGAAAAGAAAAGGUACUUAAAAAUAAUUUGGAAAAGAAACAACCUGCGCGUGCGUUUUCUACCCCUGAAUCAAAGAAAAGCCUUAAAUUAACCAGAGAUGAAAUUAUAAAUCAACUUAUAAAAAACAGAAUGCACGUCUAUAUAAGGGCGAAAGAAUCAAAAGGGAUUGAUCUUAAUAACGACGUAAAUUAUGCAAUAGCAAAAAAAAUAUUAAACUAUUUAGAAAUAGGUAAUUAUAACCUUGCAAGAGAAUUAUAUAAAUUUAUAAUCAGUCAAAAAGAACAAGCGAGAGAUGUUUCCACAGAGUACACCACAGCAUCCUCUGUAAAUAAGUAUUUAUAUGGAUUUGCGAAGGAACCAUUGCUGAAAUUCGAGGAACCAACGACUGAAAGUCGACGGAGGAAUCGCAAUUUAUGGCUAAAACAGCUAAUGAAUUUAAAGAAAAUGUAG